AGGAGGAGGAGGGGGAGGAGGAGAAGAAGGAGGAGGCGGCGGCGGCGAGGGCGGGCGGGCGGCGGGGCCGGCGGCCCCGAGCCUGUCCGUCGUGCCCGUGGGCGUGCUCCCCGGCGGGGAGGGCCGCCCGCAGCCCACACCCCCCGCCGCCGCUAACUUUGCCUCGUCGGGAAGAGCCGCCCUCCGGCAGGCUGAGGGUCGGCAGAGUCUGUCCGGCGUCCCGGAGCCGCCCCCCGCGAUGAAGGGCCGGCGGCGGUGGCGGUGGCGGGGCGAGCACCGGCGCUUCGCCGCCGUGCUGGUGCUGUACACGCUGCUGCUGCUGCUGCUGGUGCCCUACGCGCUGGACUACGGGGCCAGGCGGGGGCGGGCGGACGAGGAGCCGCUGCUGCGGCGCUGCCCCAGCCUGGAGGAGGCGCUGAGCGAGUGGGGCUGGGAGCAGCAGCAGCCGCCGCUGGAGGAGGAGGAUGAGGAUGAGGAGGGCGGCGCGGCGGGCAACGGCAGCGCGGCGGCGGGCAAGCGGCACAUCUACCUGCACGCCACCUGGCGCACCGGCUCCUCCUUCCUGGGGGAGCUCUUCAACCAGCACCCCGACGUCUUCUACCUGUACGAGCCCAUGUGGCACCUGUGGCAGGCCCUCUACCCGGGGGACGCGCUGAGCCUGCAGGGCGCCCUCCGCGACAUGCUGCGCGCCCUCUUCCGAUGCGACUUCUCCGUCCUGCGCCUCUACGCCGCCCCGCCCGCCCCCCGCGACCCGCUGGCCCCCGCCCCGCCCGCUCCCGCCAACCUCACCACGGCCAGCAUCUUCGGCUGGCGCACCAACAAGGUGAUCUGCUCGCCGCCGCUCUGCCCCGCCGCCCCGCGGCCCCGCCGGGAGAUCGGCCUCGUCGACGGCGCCUCCUGCGAGGAGAGGUGCCCGCCGCGGGCGCUGCGGGAGCUGGAGGCCGAGUGCCGCAAGUACCCGGUGGUGGUCAUCAAGGACGUGAGGCUGCUGGAGCUGGGCGCCCUGCUGCCGCUGCUGCGGGAGCCCGGCCUCAACCUGCGGGUGGUGCAGCUCUUCCGCGACCCCCGCGCCGUCCACAACUCCCGCCUGAAGGCCCGGCAGGCGCUGCUGCGGGAGAGCAUCCAGGUGUUGCGCAGCCGCCACCGCGCCGACCCGCGGGGGCCGCCCCGCCACCAGCAGCCCCCGCUGCCGCCGGGCCUGCUGGGCGGCGGGCGGGCUCCGCAGCCCCAGCACCGCGCCGAGUUCUUCCUCGGCGGCGCCCUGGAGGUGAUCUGCCAGGCCUGGCUCCGCGACCUCCUCCUGGCCCGCCGCGCCCCGGCCUGGCUCCGCCGCCGCUACACGCAGCUGCGUUACGAGGACCUGGUGCGGGAACCCCGCGCCCAGCUGCGCCGCUUGCUGCGCUUCGCCGGGCUGCCGGUGCCGCCCGCCCUGGAGACCUUCGUGCUCAACAUGACCCGCGGCGCCGCCUACUCCUCCGACCGGCCCUUCCUCAUCUCCCCCCGCGACGCGCGGGAGGCCAUCCACGCCUGGCGGGAGCGCCUCAGCCGCCAGCAGGUGCGGCAGGUGGAGGCCGCCUGCAGCGAGGCCAUGAGCCUCCUCGCCUACCCCCUCAGCGGCGGCGACGCCCGGUAGCGCCCGCGCCCCGCGGCCGGCGGGGAGAGCCCGCCGCCGGGUGAGGGCCGGGGCCCGGGCCCGGGCCGGGCAGGGAGCUGCGCCUGGGCGGGCGGGCGGCGAGGUCCGGCUCUGUCAUGGCGGCCUGAGGAGAGGCGGCGGGGGCUGCGCGGUGGAAUGGCGGCGGCCUGGCUCGCCUGGAUGUCCGGGCGAGGGCAGCCCUGGCAGAAGCAAAGACGCCCAGCAGGGCCCAAGACCCCCGCUUCCCGCCCUUGUGGUCGGUGGGGCUGUGUGCCCUCUGGGGACCGCGGCCGCCCUGCACCCCGGUGUGUGGAGAGGGCACCAGCGAUAUUUCACUUCAGAGAAGGAUUUGGUAAGAGGCGACCUCUGGACAAGGUGUCUAUCUCGGAGCCCCGGUAAUGUGAAACGGCCACCAUGUGCGAAGCACGGGUGUUAUUCCAGAAAAACUGCCUCGAAACCUAAAAAUCCCCCAAAUGAAGACUCUUGGCAAGGGACUAGAGGGCUUGAAAGGCAUUGCCAUAAGAGUGUCGCCCUUCCCGAGUGCUGAAGCACACUCGGCUCUGUCAUAUCGCUGCUGAAAGGCGUACGAGGGGCUUCUGUGAAGGUCGCUGCCGAGGUCAGCGCAGGCCUGGAGCUGGACAGGCAGGAGGGUGCCAGCCGCCGCGGAGGAAUGGCCGGCCGGUGGCCCUGUGGGGCUGGGCUCUGCCCUGUGGGGUGCCGAGGCUCCGGGGAGGGGGGUGCCCGCUGAGGGAAGGGGAAACCUGUCCGACUCCCUCUGUCUGUUCGGAGCAGCAGGGUAAGCGGUUGUGCGGAGGGGGCAAGCAUUUGCCCACUUAUGUGUUUCAAAGGUGUUUGUGGCAGAAGUCUUUGCUUUUCUGAAGAAAUCUGUAUUUCUUUUUAAAAUAGGGAUUCUUUGUACAGCAUUGAUCUAGUUAGGUGGUGGUACUCAUGUGACGUACAGGUGACUAACAUAUUUCUUGGGGACGUGUAUAGAGGUGACUGUAACUGGAAGGCAAACGCUCGCUAUUUCCAUUUUGUUGUCUCAGCCAGAUGGGAGAAUCACUUUUCUCCCCUCACUUCCGGGCAGAUACAUUGUGCCGUGCACAGGGUCCUCCUGGUCACAUCCCUUCCGAACAAUAACAUCCUGUCAGCUGGCAACUCCUGGACAAAAGCAAAAGUUUCCUCACGAGGCCAAGACAAAUUAAUCACAAACUUCCCAAAUAAAAACUUCUAUUACAAAAAGAAGAAAAGAAAAUAAAAACUUAAGUUUCAUUUUGGAUUUUAAAAUGACAUUUUCCUUUAGACAUCCCGCAACUUUUAUGAGAACACUGUAUGUCUGCGUAUGUGUAUGUUUGGGUAUCUUUUUUUUUUUUUUGGUCUUAAUUUGGGGAUGGAUGGUUCAACUGUAACUUAGGGAUGUAGUAUUUAACUUCUUAGAGACCGCUUUUGAGUCCGUUACAGUCUGGCAGCAUUUAAAUGGCCCCGUAAGAGUAUCCAGGGUUAUAGGGAUGUUUACAAGCAGUCCUCAAAUACAAACCAAACAUGAACUUCAAUUUGGGGAUAAUCUAGGAUCAGGAAGAAAGCUAUAUUUAUAUGAAGUGCUGGAAAUAAAGGCGGUUCAAAGACGUUAUGUUAUCUUGGAGGAAACAUUUGAGUUGCACUGUAGGUUUUGGUGCUCUGAAUAUUGUGCUGUAAGACACGUCAGUUAGUUAGGAUGAACCUUCAUUUAUUUUAGCUCCUUUUCUUCCUUGACCUUCCCACCUCAGAGUACAUCGGCACAAGAAGCAGGUUUCUUUCAUUAUCUGACGGCAAAACGUCAUAAAGAAUGUUUUUGAGUAAAUCUAUCUGUUUCACGGUAGCACGUUUCAUACAAUUCUGCAUCCUUUGGCUUCUGCUUGAAGUAAAAAUCGUAAAAAACGAAGUAAAAAUUUUAAAAAACCUUUCGUAUUAUCCAAGGGAUGUUUCUGCAUUCUCUCACAGGCACCGUGAGAGCAAAACUUGUCUCUGGGUGUUCUAGUGGUAUUUAAUAAUGACAUCUGUAUAGAUGGACAAUACCUGUAUUAAUGCCUUGGUAACCUAUGCUGGGUAGCCUAAUUUGGAAAGCUUUUCUGGGAAUACACCCAGCCUGGCUUGUACCAGCAGGUUUGGGAAGAAAAUAAGAUAUUUUUUUUUUUGCAUGCCAAAUGAUGAUACGGUACUUAUUUUCUUAUGUCGGAUGGCAGAUUAAAGUCCAGUAUAUCUUGCUGAUUUGUUUUUAGCAAGCUGCUGUCACAGAUUUGUACGGUGCAACUGUUAAGCAUCCGCUUCACCCCAACAGGGAAUUUAAUUUUGCUGUUUCGGGUGGUAAAUGUCUUUUCGUAAGAAGUUUUUAGAAAUCCAUGCUUAGUUUCGCUUACACCAGUUCAUCAUGAUGAAGAAAGAAGUGUUGCCAUCUAGCUUAACUUGAAGUUUAUAGCCAGGAAGAAAUCCACUAAUUGCAAAUUAUUUGUUAUUUUCUGAAGCAGUUUCCAUGUUUGAUACACAUGCGUUUUCUGUAUCAAGACUUAUUUCUCUCAGCAGAAGUUGUUCACUGACACAGUUGCUCUUUGUUAGUGAUUAAUUCAAAUUUUUUUUCACCCGAAGCUGUUUUUCUGGGGUUUUGUGGGGUUGGGUUUUUUUUUUGUAUACUGUGAAAAGGGCUCUGUCUGGCAAAGCGUACAAAAUAUAGCAAGUGCAAUUCCUGAUUUGCAUUCAGGUCGCCUGAGUUCAUUAGAAGACUCUCAAACAAUCUACAAGAAAUAUCCAAAACUGAAAAAGGAGUAAGUAGCCCAGAGUGGGAUCUUUGAGCAGGACGUGCAAGAGCAUCUAAGACUGCAUGACGGUUACUUAAUGACUGAUGUUGCAACGUGUGUGCUUUGGUCACUAGAAGGCUUUCUAAAAUCCCCUCGCCUAAGGGGGACAACCAAGGCUCACCAACAAAUGCAUCCCAUUUUUCUCAUCAAGGUGUUUUGAAGGUGUCUGAAAGCAUCGUUCCAGAUGCUCCCAGCAUAUCCUUGUCCGCCCUGUAACCUGUAGCUUGAAGAAAAAAAGUACUGUCAAGUGACAGUGUUGGUACUUACCUGAAAAGAGAGAAACAGGUCUGAUUAGGACGACCAGUGUGGAGUUUCACUGGCAGAGGUCUUUGGAAGUAAGCAGAACCUGCUGAAGGCAGGACACCCAUGGCUAAACCGCAUUUUCAGAGCAGCUGGAGGUUUAUGGCUCGGUCACCUGCUUUUUUUGGUUUUUUUUUUACUGUUACUGUGUUUAACUGAGAUUUUGAACUGAAGUCCUGGUUCUCCUGAAUGAUGCAGAAAACGUCAUCAUUCAGAGCAGAGGAUGGCCUGAUAAGCAAGGGAACAGUACACACGUCUUGCAGCCAAGCUGAACUUGGCAGGCUUGAAAUGGGAGAGCAGGACUGAGCCACAGAGUUUUAGUAGUUCAGGCUGAGAUUUGGGAAAAAUACCUAUUUGUGCUACAUUACAUAUCAUGAAUUAACAACUUUUUAAUAUACUAAAAAGUCAUAGUGGGAAAUGGGAACAGAACUGACAAAUGCUCACAAGACUCAUUUCUGUCAUCUUUUUUUACUUAACUUCUGGUCACCAUGUGUUUGCCUUAAGGGAGGUGGAAACUUGAGUGCUGUAAUUGGACAUAGAAGGCUGUGAUAUUUCCAUGCUGGAAUUGUUAAUUACUCUCUUACAGCAUUCUAUCUGUAUUUAAAUUGUUGCUUUUGGUGAGGCGACUGUAGCAGCAUACUUGUGAGAAAUGCUUGAAGCCCAGGGUCAAGAAACACUUAGCCCCCGGCAUUACUUGCACACCCUGGAACGUUACUGAUGGAGUCCUUGUGGAUACCCAUGGUAUGUACUCACACACUUCAGGCCCAACAGAAGUAGUUCAGUAGCUCUGCCGGCUGCAGCAUCCUCUGAGAGGUGUUAAACGGUCAUGAGUUACGUAUUUAACAACUUCAGUAUCGCAUGGGUCGUUUUAUCUCCCCCUCUGCCCCAUCAGUCUGUGCAUCAAGAAAAGUUCAGAGUUUCUACAUUAAGUUCUUGAUAUUACCGCUUUCAGUAAGCCCGAUGAUAAAAAAAACAGUGCGGAAUUUCUGGGUUUAUUAUGGUAAUGCAAUUAAACAACAUUUCAGUGGAGAACCAAGCUCCUGAGAAAGACUGUGCGCGCCAACAAGUCUGACAGCACGUUCUGUUCCCUUCUUGAACACGAGGAGUUGCCACUGAGACUCUGUGAUGGUAUCUGGAGCACAGGGACAGUAAGUACGGUGCAUGUCACUUCUCAGAACCACGCUGCGAUCCAUGCAGCGCUGGGACUAUCUUGGGCAUUAUUUUGCCAUUCCUAUCUAACUUGUCACCGACCACCCUGGAGAAGGAUGUGGGAAAAACAAGAUUGUCAAAGCAAAUCUUGCACUAGCAGAAGAUUUCAUUGCCUCCCUGGCUACUCGCGUGUGAGUGAGGGGCCGGGGACCGGAUUGUCCUUCCGACUGUGAUUUAGAGGUGACCGUUAAAUCCAACCUUGUUACGGUGGUGGUUCUCAGUGACUGAGGGACCUGUUGCUUGUUGCUGAGGCGUACCUUUGGCAGUCUCAGCACCAGGCAAACAGCUGAAAGCUGAUUAACUCUUCAGUACUUGGAGCGUGUCUGGGUAUUGAGUCCUGGGAAAUACUUGCUUCCAGCACUGAGGCGUUAAGCUCUGCUGCUGACCUACAGCACCUGCAGUGCCAUUUCUUGGCACUAUUAAAUGGGAAUUGGGUCUUUCCUUGGCACUUCCACAUUUGUCGCCCUGUUUCCAGUUGUCGAACUUUGCCAAACUUCAGCUGCACGUAGGCUGAAACUUAAGGUUUAACUUAGGGUUUAUGUCUCUUUGGGAAAGUUCAGUCAAAACCGUACGUGUUCUUUUGAACCCAGGGUUAGGAUGUGAUGGCCUUUUUGCUUAUGUUCAAAUACUCAAAGAUGUUUCUUUGAAAUCAUUUGUCACUUCAGUGCUUUGGGACAGGAACUCCAUUUGAGGUUGGGGAAGUGACCUCUGUGUAGAGGAUGCCUGCUGCAUUUUGGUUUUACCUCUGCCUUCUAUUCUGAUUUGGCCAAAUAUAUUAAUGGUUGUUAAAAAAAAACAGCAUGUGCUCGGUAAAAAGUGGUUUUGGUAUGUGUGUGUAUCUUUUAUUUUAUACCAAAUAAAAUCUGCAUUGGUUUUAUCUUCA